AUGAGCGAGCCUAAUACCCAACGAAUGUCCAACUCGUCUCAGUUGGUAGCAGAAAUUGCGAGCUACAGUGAUGAUGGGAGUUCUUCCAUUGAACCUCCCGUGCUAGAGGAAGAGGAUGAUAAUGAAGUUAUUGAGAAUGCCAACGGGGAUAACGGUGAUGGCAACGAUCAUGCAGCAGCCGAGAACAGAGAACUAGUGCCACCUACGGAACCUGCGCAAGAACAACGAGUACCAAGUGCUUCCCGUGUGGCAGCUCGAUUGAAACAAGCCAAGAAUGGAUACAUUAAGAACGCUCAUCGAACCAACGAUCUCCUCCCUUUGCAACGGGAAUAUGGAACUAUGAAACGUUCCUUGCGAUCACUGCUGGAUGCCGCUACAGCAUAUUGCGAAGCCACCAAAGAAUUAGGAGCAGCUCAAACUCAGUUCAUCAGUGAAUUUGAGGGUCUUGCUGAUAAGUCACCCUUGCAGUCUUUUGUAAUGAGAGAACACGGGUCGCUGAUAGAAGUGCAAGAGCAAGCGUCUAGGUACCAGGGCUACAACAUUGCCGAGUAUCAACAUCAAAUUUUGGCAUACAUUGACGAUUGGUUGACCGCGGUUUCCAAGCAGUUGGAUGAAAAAUUAGAGACCAUUCCCAAACUGAGGGCUGCCCGCUACGAGUGCGAAAACAAAAUGGAGAAACUCUCCAACAAACAAAGAUUCCAUCCAGAUGCAUCCUUCGAUCAAGAACUUGCAGAUGCCACCCAACAGGAAAUGUACAAAGCAAUUGAAGAACAUGACGAGGCCUGCUCCAAGCUUUGUUACAUGCUUGAGCAAAUCGUACGAAAGGGAUGGAAAGAUUUAUAUCCUCUCGUCAACAAAAUGAUGAAAUGGGAAUUGAAUCAAUUGGGACGAGAGAACAAAUCCUACGGCCAAUUUCUUCCCGAAACCUUGAACAAGCUGUCCCUCACCACCAUUGCCAGUCUAGAAGACGAUCUCAUGAAAAAGAAUGAACUCGAAAUGGCUACGAAUGCACCCGGGUCUUUUUAUGGUAAUGUUGCCGUAGUGGAAGAUUACUUGGAUUAUCUGCCACAAGAUUUGCCACACCUCUUUCUUUCGGAUGCUUGUCCGUAUUCCCAAAUGGCUUGGAUUGCCUUUUUGGAAAAGGAACGAAAUCCAUACACUCCCACUAUCUUUCAGAUGCAUUACGUGUGCAAUUUUUUAAAGUACAAGGACCCGGGAUACAAAGUCUUGUCCAAAUUGGGAAUUGUCGAUUCCACUCCCGUGUUGCUGCACAAGGGCAAUGUCUUCCAGGAAAGCACAUCGUUAUUGGAGUACAUUGAUGCGUGCUUUCCCGAAUCAUCAUCAGCAGUCGAACCAUCCAAAGGUGAUUUUGGUAGCCGGGUCCAACACGAGCACAUGAAUGUAGGGCACAAACGAUUGGUCCCUUCCGACCCGAUCGACACCUUCAAUAUGAACUUGUUCCUCGACCGGUAUGCAGAUUUACCAAAACUGUACCGAAACGUGUUGGAACACAGGUAUCAAAGCACCACCGCUGCAUCGUCUGCAGUGGGCCAAGAACUGUUGGAACGAUUGGAGAUGAUAAAUGCGGACUUGCGAAAGUUCAAGGGCCCCUUUUUGUGUGGUUAUCCCUUUUCACUUGCAGAUAUUUUUCUGAUUCCCUUUGUGGAACGAAUUCAAGUGGUGUUGAAGCAUUACCGAGAGUUUGAAAUUCCAACCACGUUGACAAAUUUGCAUUCCUGGUAUAAGGUUGUCUCGGCACGCAGUUCGGUCCGCAUUUCCAUGGCCGAUCGGACCAAAGCCAGCCUUCACACCUGUGCCAUGACUAGCGUAGGACGCACGGACUACUUGAUUGAAUACAACGAGGCUGCAGCUCAAGGGGAUUUGGCAUUGGCGCAUCGGCUCUUUGCAGAAAAGGGGUCAGUGGGGGGAAAUCCUUAUCGUAGCCAAGAGACGAACGUAACACUAGGAUUGGGGGAGAUUCCGAUGGAAGACGACGGAGAAGAAACCGAUGAUAGAGAAUUUCUUGCUUAA